UUUUAGUAACUUGACUUGACUAACUAGACUCUAGAGUCUAGACUAGAGGUCUAGUACAUCUUGAUCUUCUUGUGUAACUGUUAUAAUAUAACCGCAUAGACUCUACGUCUCUAGUCUACAAGUUGAAAUAUUAAUAAUAGAUCUAUAUUGAAUUAUAUUGCUCAAUAUUAUUUUUCUCACUUACGACACUAAUCACAAAUUAAUCAAAUUUCAAGAACAAGUCUUCAUUUCAUGAUAUGAAUAAAAUGAUUUAGAAUCUAGAAUUUAGAUCUAAAUCUAAUCAUCUAUGAUGUCUAUCUAUGAUUAUAUUAUAAUUUUUAAAAAAUCAGAGAAGAAAUUGCUUUUAGGCUUAGUUUUCACUUCAGUUCCACUCAUGAUUACCCAGUACAAAUACUAUUACUAGUAUUACUAGAUGAUACAAAUCCGCAUAGACUCUAGUCUAGACAGUACGCCGUCAGUACUAUAACUUACUAAUGUCAGUAGAGUAAUGUACUAUAUAAGUAAUAUAGUAUAAGCGACUAGACAAUAGGAAUAUACUUAUAUAGUCAAUCUAGAUAUAGACAUUACUGAAAGUUAUAAAGACUCACUUUUCAAGGCUUCAAUUUUGACAAGCCAACACAUUGUUGGGUUAUGUCAGAUAUCAACAGAGACUCAAGCAUUCGUCAACUGCCACCAGGCAAGCUUACCAAUAUUAAAAAGAUCUUUGAAGAUGGUGAAAAAGAUAAACCAAUGGCACCAACUAGGCCUCAAGUACCUCCUGGGUCUCCUGCUCACCAACUGCCAGCCAAGAAAUACCCAGCUCCCCCAGCACCUUGUGGUCAAGUGACCAAAAACUCUAAUGAGGGCAAUGAUGAGUUGAAGUUCAGAAAAUUAAGUGCUGAAUCUGUUCAACCACAGCAGUCAAAGCAAGGAGCCUAUCAUGGUUCAAAGAUAUCAGAGAGGAUAAGCUCCCUGGAGGCUGCAUCAUCUUCAAAAUACAAUGGGGCAAAUGAAGCUCCAGGUAGUCCUGGCCAUUCAGAAAAUAUCAAGGUGCAAAGGGCUUUCAGUGAUGUAAGUGAUCUUUAUGCUAAAGUCAACAAGCCUGAAAAAGAUUCAAAGGCCACUUUCCAGCCCAGAGUUGAGUUGCAAAGAAAAGAAGCCAUACGGAAAAAUUCAGAAGAACGGCGAAAGACUGUUGCUACUUUUAGCUGUGAUGUGAAUCAUAAUAGUGGAGUUAGUGUGGCUUCAAGAACCAAGUUGUUUGAUAGUCCCAAGCCAAAUCUCCCUGUUAAACCAGAGGCCAUUAAAAGGCAGUUUAGCACUAAGGCAGUUCAGGAACAAGACCAACACAAUUCAGAUGCAGAUGGUGUGUACAACCAACCAUGGGACACAGAAAAAAGUCCUGUGGUUGAGGCUCUUAAGAAAAAAUAUAAGCCUCCUCUAUUGUCCAAUAAAGUCACAGACAAUGCCAAAACUAACCUACCAGCUCAGAAGCCUCCUUUACCCCAACAGCCUCCAAGGCAAACAGAUCUAAAAAUUCAACGUAAGCAGAGUCAGGAAGCUGUAGCAGAAGUUAAUAGAAGUUCUGAUCAGUCAAAAUGUGUAGAUUCCUCUUCAGACACAACAGGAAGUUCAAGAAUCACAGCCCCGCCGAAACCUCCUCGUACACAUGCUCACGAUGAUUAUCUCAAGGUAAAGAUUGCUCAAAGUGAAAAUAAACCUUAUCCAGAAAGUCAAGAUACUAAGGCAGUCAAAUUAGAAGUUAGCAGUGGUGCUUUGUCUGUCAAGGACAGAGUAUCCAAAAUUUGUCAGCAGACUAAUUCACCAUUGCCCACAUCCAGCAAAGACCAUGCUGUCCUCAUGCGGCAACAGCCUCCAUCCAGGCCCCCACCUCCAAGGCUGCGCCCAAAUUCUGGUGGUACUCCUACUAAAGAGAACCCUUUUCAAUUGAAGCCCAGGCCAGUCACACACUUCACAGCGCCUCAGGAUGAAGGUCCAGUUGUCAUUCCUUCGUCUCCAGUCUCCCCUUUUCAAUCAGCUACAUUGUUCUCCAGAAAGGCCAGUCAGUCACGUAAGCCUAGUGAUGAGCUUCCACCUGAACCUCUUUCUAGCAAGAGGUUCCCGCUACGGAAGAGCUACAGCUCUGAGAAUUUACAUUCCAGCCGAAGCAGCUCAUUGAAUACUGAAGAUGAUGACGGCUCACAGAAAACUCAAAGUACUUAUGAAACGGACUAUGAAGCUGUUUUAGACCCAGAUGGAUAUGCUAUACCUCACGAGUUUAUGAAGAUACAUGUCCACAGAAAGAGGCAGUUCUCAGAACAAAGCAACCAAAUGGAUGAAAAUGUCAGCCCUGCACAAUUCUUGACUAAACUUGAAGGAUUUGGCAAAAACCCAGAAGCAGAACAAAAUGGUCAGUUUGAUGAGCCAUGGCUGACCAGUGCUCAAGACCAGAAUCUGGACAAAGUGACCAAGAGGAAGAUGACAAUGGUAAAGCAGAAAAUCAACCAGGCCUAUGCUGAUGUGACUAUAGCAUUUCGAUGUGCUCCAGAGAAGUCUUCAGACAUUGAUAGUGAAUGGGUUCAAGUAGAGAAAGAUGACAGUCCAGAAGCUGAAGUCAUUGUAGAGCCAACUGUCUUAAAGAGAAGAAUUGAAUAUUGUGCAACUGUAAGACUAAAAAGUAGUAAAAGUGUGAAAAAGUCAAAAGAAUAUCUGAGUGCCAUCUACCCACAGCUCUUUGAAUAUUGUCUCAUUGUUGGCCUUCAGACUAGCACUGAGAAAGGUUAUAAACCUUACAUCAUACACAAGUUUCCAGAGAAUUUUCUAGAUUAUGCUGUGGUGUCCAGCAACCUGUCUGUACCAAGUUUCUGUUUCCCAGAUGCAGCUGUUUUUAAAGUAGCCUCUGGCCCAAUUUUCAGUGAGUCUUAUUCAUUUGUGAUGACUUAUGAAGAUGGCACUCAUGUCUAUGGAUAUUGCAGAAGAAUGCAGCCAAGUGAUUCAAGUCUUCCAGAAGUUAUCUGUAUCAUUAGCCCCAUUGAUGCUUUCAAUAUGUACAAUACACUUCUAACUGAAAUAGAACAAAGGCGCAGAAUAUCGACUGAUCUGGCCAUUGAGUUGAUAGCAGCAUCAUUUGGUCGACCACUACCCAAACCUGGAAAAGUUUGUCACAUUAGAACUUUGGACAGCUCUGGUGAGAUGGAGACAAUUUAUUUGAAUCGAACUUCUGACAAUAAACUGGAUAAUGUCAAUUAUGAAAGCCCUCUACGUUUUUUGGGUACAGACAAGCUGGUCAAAGUUUUUGCUUCUAUUUUGAUGGAGAGAAGGAUCAUGUUAUGCUCUAGUCAUCUGAGUGUCCUGACUCAAACUGUACAUGCUUUGGCUGCUUUACUCUACCCAUUCCAGUGGCAGCAUGUAUACAUCCCCCUCUUGCCACUUGAAAUGUUGGAUGUGGUAUGUGCUCCUAUGCCAUACAUAAUUGGUGUCAUGACUGCAUUUCUGCCACAAGUUCUGAAAAUGGACCUUGAAAAAGUGUUCAUUGUUGACCUCGAUAAGAAGGAUAUUGUUAUGAGUGAAGGAGAUGAGUCGACACUUUUACCUCAUAAAGUUCAAAAAGCCUUAAAAACUGCUAUCAAUAUGUGUAAAAUUGAUUCUGAGGCCCAGAAUGCUCAGUGGCUAAUGGUGGCUGAAGCUUUUCUGCGCAUGUUCAUUGAAACUGUCGGCCAUUUCUCCAAUCAUAUACAGACACAACAAGAUGGGAACAGAAUAUUUCAGAAAGAAGGCUUCAUCAAUGAAGUUGUGUCCAAGGAGCAACGCCAGUUUCUAGAAUGGUUCACUGAGACUCAGAUGUUUCAAGUUUUUAUUGACAACCAUGUAGAACAAACAGAUUAUGGAACUAGUGCUUUGUUUAUGCAAAGACUGGCUGAAUACAGAGAAUCAAAAGAAGAAAAUAGGAGAAAAGGUUUAGGAGCAAAAGUAAAAAAUUUUAAGAAGGCUCUCAAAACAAAACUAGCCAGUUAAGCUGAGCAGAACUGAGAAUGCAGUUAUACUGAACUGAACUGAGAAUGCAGUUAAGCUGAGCAGAACUGAGAAUGCAGCUAAGCUGAGCAGAACUGAGAAUAGAGUUUAAUUGAACAGAACUGAGAAUGCAGUUAAGCCGAGCAAAACUGAGAAUUGAAGAUCUCCAGAGAAAUCCAUUUGUCAAAACUUAACUUCCAUAUCUUUGUGUAAGUAAGGAGCAAAGCAGUAUUUUAUGCAGUUCCACUUUGAUGUACCUUAACUACAGUGUACAGACUGAAUAGAACUUAAGUAGAGAUCUAUUGCACAAUUAGUGCCAAAGUAUUAAUGACAUAUCCUUAAUGUUCUUUCACCAUGUAUUUAUUGUUUGAAAAAUUGAUUGAUUGACAUUAGCCAACUAGUGGAUCUGUUGUUUUUAAAAGCUUUAAUCUUGUUUUGCAUUUUGCUUUGUUUUCUGAUUCUAAACAAAUAUUUAUUGUGAAUCUCUACAGCCUCAUGAGAUAACUUUUUAAAAUUUUAAAGCUUCUUUUAUGUACAAACUUUUUGUGUUUUUAUUAACGAUGUGUUCACACACAAAAUUUGUGUAUAUAGCUCAUCCGUCAGACUUUUUUUGGUUAAUAUUUGUAUUAUUAUUAUAUGAAAAUAAUUCUUGCGUGAUGUCCAUUGUUAUAUUUGAUAAUCUUUGUUUACCAUUCCAUUGCAAUUUAUGGCCAUAGAUCGAUUCAUCCUUCAUUUUCUGACUCUUCCUUUAUACACUUUAUUUGUACAAAGUCUUAUUAAAUGUCUCAAAUUUUUUUGUCAAUUGCUUCUAUGAUUGACACAUUUCUAUAAAUUUAGCCUACAAUUUUCAAGUUAAACUUUACUUUUUUAGGUGAUAGCCUGAAGCUUUUAAAGAAUAAAGACAUUGCUUAUUUUACAAGAAAAGGAAUUCCAUUUAAAUAAUAAAACAUAAAAAUAGCCAAAGAUGGGCCAAGAUUUAUUUUCUUCUAAUAACAGCAGUGGGAACAAGAACAAUUGCCUACCAAUAAUCAUCUGUUCAAAUUAACGUCUUUGUUCUGACAUGUGUUCAUGACAAAGAACAGUUACAACAUUCAGUUUUGUCUACAUAAAGUAAUGGUAGUCACUCCUUGACUGUUAGGCUAAAACCAAACUCACUGUAUUGCUAUUUUCAAAGAAAUUUAUCUAAAUAAUCUACUUUUAAUAUUUAAUAGUGGGGAUGCUGCUCUAUUGCAACCAAAGUAGUUAUAUGCUUAUUAAUAUUUGUUUUAAAAAUGAUUUUUGCAUAAAACAUUUUUUUAAAUACAAAUGCACAAAGUUAAUUUGAUAUUGAAAGGGAGUAGAAUCUUAAUUAGAAAAUGAAAUGCUUGAGAUAUCAUUGCUCAAAAGAAAGAUUCAUAAAGGUUUAAAAUGAAAUAAAUUUUAAAAUAAGUAUAAUGUCUCUACAUUUCAAACUUUCAUUGUGCUUUUUUUGUCCUCUCCAUGAGUUUGGGUGCACUGUACUUCCGUACCAAUUAAAAAAAGUUUUUAAGUUAAAAGCAUAAAAUUAUUUUAUCUUUCACAUUUUGUAAUUAUAUUAUGUUAUAGAAUGUGGUUUUUAUUUAACUCCACACUAUAAUGAGGGAGUCAAUGCAGUACACCCUGUCAACAUGAAGUCUAUGAACAGUAACUUGAACACAUUCAAUUCAAGAAUAUUGUUUUUUUUUUUAAUCAUUUAAAAAAUUAUUUAUUUUCAACACUAAUUAAUAUGUUUUGUUGAUUUACAAAAAAAGUAGAUCACACCAUUUUCAAAUGCUUCGUCAUCAGCCUAAGACUUUCAUUUGGUGGUUGAUAGUUUCUUUGUGAUCUUGUGCUUCAGCUUCAAAUGUAGAGUAAAAUAUUACUACAAAUAAACAUUUAUUUCCAUAUCUAAUGAAUGAAAAUGCAUUUAACACACUACAGAUUUCUCUUUCUUGUAUGACCAGUAAAUAAGCUUUUAUACUAGGUGAUACUGUAGUUUUUUGUUACUAUAUCUUUGCUUUCAAUGCUGCAGCUAAAGAGUUGAGCUCAGAUCACAAGUAGAAAGUAGUACUUACUUUUAUACCAGGGUUUACAGACGAAUAUAAUUAUAUGUUGAUGGAUAUAGUUACAUGUGAUGCAUUCACAACCUUUGUUGUUGUUUUAUUGGCUUUACUGAUGACUUUGUUGAAUGUCGUUGUUUAAUUUCUCUCAGUUCAAUUCCAGCUUUCUAGUGAUCAAAACUAGAACCUCAUUUCUUACAUGAUGACUCUAGCACUAGACUAUGUGUCCUGCCAAGUACUUCCUAGUGAUCAAAUCUAGAACCUCAUUUCUUACAGGAUGACUCUAGCACUAUGUGUUCUGCCAAGUACUUCCUAGUGAUCAAAACUAGAACCUUAUUUCUCACAGGAUGACUCUAGCACUAUGUGUCCUGCCAAGUAAUUCCUAGUGAUCAAAACUAGAACCUCAUUUCUUACAGGAUGACUCUAGCACUAUGUGUCCUGCCAAGUACUAGGUUUUCUGUUGGCAUCAAAAACUUUUGUUUAUUCUCCAGUUCUUCAUUAAUUACUUUGUUUUUGCUAUUAUUAUCCUGGGUCAGUAUUAACCUAUUUUGUUGUUUAUUUUUAUGUAACAUGUACAUAUUUGUGGUCUUCAACAAAGUGACCAUUUUUUUUAACAAAAUCUAUAUUGUAAAUGCAAAAAAAGAAAAAAAAAGUGCUAUUAGAGUUACUGUCCGACAUUUAAUGGAAACAAAAGAAUUGUUUAUCCUUUUGGUUCUGAAAGUUGUUUGAUCUUUAUAAACUUGAUGUGCAUUGUGGAGUGUUCCUCCACUUCAAGAAGUCAAAACAUUCUAGAAAUACUGAGCAUUAUGAAAUUUGUAUGAUAUGAGGCUAAAUGAACAAAAUAAAAUAUUUCUGAAGAAUUGACUGAGUGGUUUCAAGGACCUUUGUUUCAUUUAGUGAUCCAAAAAUCUCACUUUCCUCUAACAAAAAGUUUGCGAUUUUCAUUUUUAAAACAUUCUCCAAACUGCUUUUUUUACAUGGCAAAGUAGGUUUGGAAAUUAUCAAACACAAACAUAGAUGUAAUUUAUUUAUUUAAUUUUAGGCUACAUUUAAGACAUUUCUUUUCAAUUCUACUUUACAUAAAACUACUGUUUGCUAUUCAUUUACAAAUUUUAAAAAAAAUUGUUUCAAGCAUAUAAUUUUUUUUUUUUUUUACUUUAUUUUUUUUAAAGAUACACGUUUAGAAUUAAUUUACAGUUUUACCUUUUUAUUAAAAAGAAAACUAUUUUCUGAGUUGAUAAAACCAAAUUUGAUAUUACCGUACAAAUGACAACUUUUAGUAUUGCCAACUGUCACAUUCAUAUUUUACUUUCAAUGUGUGUACAUACAACUGUUGUAAUCAAUUGGAACAAAGUAUUAUUUCUGUAGAGUAAACAAAGAAAAUUUAAGUUUGAAAAAUAUGUUUUGUUCUAGUUUAUGUUCAUGGUCAAAAGUAAAAUUAAAGUUCUCCUUUCAGACCCUAUGAUCUAUGGAUCAGAUGAUGUUAAGGUCAUUUGUUUCUUUGGCCAAUGGUUUAAGAGCAGGUAUUAUGUGGCCACCACAAUGACCAACCGCCUUUACUUUCCUCAUCUAAAGUCAGGUACCCAUUAGAAUUGGAUGGGCUCAUGGGCGCCCUAAAAUACCUAAACUUUAAAAAAAUAAAUAAAUAAAGGUCUGAUAGUAUGCGCAUUCUAAGGCAGCGCAACUUUACAUUUAUACUUAGUAAUUGUUUCUGUGACGUUUGUGUCUUACAUGAGUAUCCUUUUCCUUAAAAACUUCUCAUGUGACUAUAGAGGCCAAUCCUUGAUACACAACUGCGGUCACAGGCCAGGCAUCUGUAAUCACCAGAUGCUACAGCAUUUACACCCUUCUUAGUCAUUUUUCUUAAUUCCUACAAAGAUGAAACAAACUUCUAGAGUGUACUAUGACAGUUUCUAAACAGAUUAGUUGAAGAAAAAAAGUCAAUCUGAGUUAAGUAUUAAUAGAAUCUUUGUUCAAUGCUAAGUACGUUCAAUGUUAGGUCUGACUAUAUGUUCAAUGUUAGGUAGGAUUGAAAUGACAUUAUUUAUUUCCUCUGAUAUAUACAUUUCAAUAUGAUCAUUGCAAUGUGAUGGAAGAAGUGAAAUUCUAUUUUUAAAUAUUUAAAUAGCCUGUUAACAUUUUAUACAUUGUUUUGACUUUUUUUCUUUGAUUUAAUUCAUUUUGUUAUUUCAACUAUUUAUUAAAUAUUUAUGAGCUUAUCAAUUUAAAUAUAUACACAUGUUGCUUUGACAUGAUUCUAAAGAAUCAAUAAAAACUUGUAUCACUCUGCACUAACCUAUAUGAACAUUAGUUCAAUCACUAUUAGUCAAGCAGUAGACUUGUAAGAAAAGUAGAGAAACUAAUUGGGUUAGUUAGAUUAGUUCGUUUACAGUUAUAAAACUCAAGAUUUUGAGACAUGUCACUAUCAUAUUUUUCAUGAUCAUUAUAAAGCUUAUAUUAACUCACUCUGUCUGUCUGGUAAAAAGUUUGUACAUACCCAUUCUCUGAUCAAGUUGAAACUUUGCACAAUUAUUAAUUGGCAUAGACAAGACAUGAAUUAAUUUUUGAAAAUUAACCAAUUAGUCAAUUAAUUAUUGGUAAUUAUUUUGUUUGAUACCAACAAGGGAAAUGAAUUCCUCAGUAUUCCCAGAUUUGGUCCCCUUAUAUAAUUGUACAUGUUCUUUCUCCCACACCAAUCUCGGAUCAAGUUGAAACUUAAAAACAUUUAUUGUACUUAUCAAAACAUGAAUUAGUAAAAAAUUACCCAAUUUGUAUUUUAAUCAUUGGUAAUUAAUUAUUUUGUUUAAUAUCAAAAAACGUCUGCAUUAUUGAGAGAUAUAGUUGUAAGUGCAGAGCUCUUCCCUUUAGAAAAACUUUGUAUUUUUAAAAAGGAUUUUUAUAUUUUGCCUUUUUUCACUCUCAAAUUAUUUUUUGGUUAAAUUCAAAAACUAGAGUGGUUACUUUUUUUUUGGUUUAUAGAAAUGCUCCAAUGUUUGAAUCUAAUAUUCUAAGCCUAACUUUCUGACUAGAACUUUUGGUGUUUGUAUUUUAUGUGUUGAAUGAGAAAGUAUAGCUGCAUCACCUUGGGCUGUUGUCCCUGCUGUCAUAUGUUGCAAGAGGUUUGGAAUAGAAUUAUACAAAUAAUCAAGAAAUAAUAGUGUUUUUUUUUUUUCAUUUUAGGUCAUUUGUAUACAUAAAAUUGAGGAAAGGCAAACAGGUCUAAAUGAAAUUAUAGGAAUAACUUAUCUAUGAAUAACUUAUCUAUGAUAGUUCUGUGUUAGGUAUAGCAUGUUUUGUUCUAAAAUGUUAAAACUCUCAAUCUCUGAAUUCAAGCUACUAUACUUUGGCACAAACUGCAAAAGAGCCUACAGCUCAGCAUCAAAAAGCUGGCUAGAAAAAGAAGCUAAAGAAUUUCUUAGAUUCAGUCUUAUCGUUUGUGUGUGUGUGUAGAGAAAGAUUCAUCAGUGACAUGCAUGUUGAGGUCAAUUUCAAUUGAAGAUUUCACACGGGCACAUAACUAAGUUACAAUUCUGAUCUAUAUAACAUAGUUAAAUUUAGGCUUACUUACAAUGAAAGGAAAAGUUUAUUUCUUACUAUCAGACUUGCAAUGGGCUUGAUCGGUGCUAGUAGGCCUAGAUCUAGAUCUAUGUACUGAGUACAAAGUUUACUUUUGUGAGUGUGCAGUGUUGAAAAGUACAUUUGGAAUGUUAUGAAAUUAAAGUGUGCUUCACCCAAA